AUGCGGGCUGUUUUACCUAGGGCUCGCUCCGGCACGUCGAAGACCAACAUCAUAUUCUAUACUCAACCCCCCCUGUUCGGCGCCUUGCUUUUUGAAAACAGUUCCUCCGAUGCGCGCGACCACUGCGCCAACGAACGGACCUUUCUCUCCUGGCUUCGGCUAUCGAUGUACCUUGCAGUUGUCUCUGUCGCCAUAAUUAUUUCCUUCCAUUUUCGCGACCAGCCUACUUCGUUAGAACGGCGCAUGGCCCUGCCCCUGGGCAUAAUCUUCUGGGUGUUGAGCUUGGCCUGUCUGGCGAACGGAUUCGCGAACUACGCCCGCACCGUCAUGAAAUAUAGUCGCAAGGCAGCUUUGGUCCAAAGUGGGUGGAAGACGCAGAUGGUCUUCACGGUUGUCGGGGUGGUUAUCCUAGGCAGUUGUAUCCUCUUCUUGUCCACCGAUCCGUCCUCGUGA